CAGAGUUUUGCACACUCGUGAAUCAUCUCAUGACUAACUAAAAAUAGACGUGAUGUAAAUAAGAGAUUCAUUCGUUUAGAGAGCUUGAUUAACGGAACCUGUGAGAUCACGAUGAACUUUGAUGAGUGGUGCUUUUAGUGAUAAUGAAGGGAGUGCCUUUUGUGUGUUUUCUAGGCUAUAAUCCAUCCAGAAUUUGACCAAAACAUUUGUUUUAUGGACACACACAUGCUGUAAUGUUUUGGGAAAGAAUCCAGCAUCAUUCUCGAAAUAUCAGUGAUGAGCAAUGGACGGGACAAAAAUGCCUCAGUGAUGUAUUCUGGAAGCGGUCCUGACCAAACUUCCACAGACAGCGCGCGUCCUGAGCGAGAUCCAGUUCACAGACUAAAAUAACUUUAUUGAAAUCGGGACAUAUCAACCAGUAAUUUAAUUUCCAGUAACGGACGGUAGAAUGUUCAGAAAUGAAUGGUAUGCGAUUUAUGACAGAAUAGUCCCACAACUGACGGUUUAUUUUUUCCUCACGUGUCUCACCACAAUGAUUCAAAACGGACACAUUUCAAGUGACACGGGAAAAAGACAAGGAAAACUUAAAUGAACAUCAGAAAAGCAGCGCACACAUUUCUGGUUAAAAAUGAAAGGCCAUCAACUGACACUUUAAACGGGAAGCAUCGCCAUUGAAAUCAGCAGCAAGAAAAGCUCCACAGUUUAGUAAACGCAGGUAAACUCUUUAAGUUAUUCUUCACUGCGCUGUACUGACACAAUGCAUUGCAAUAUGGUAGCGCAUUGUUUUAAGGCAUACAUCCGAAAAAGUUUUUUUUCUUCUUGUCCCCUGACUCCAGAGUCAAAUGUCGCCCAUGGCGGCGACGUGCGGUCGAGCGGCCAAUGAGGCGUCUAGAUAUUUAUUUCUAUGUCCUUUGCGUCUACUAUGCCAGAGUAUGUUGAUGCGUCACGCUGGCUGUUGUGAAAGCGCUAAGGACAGUUGGACAUUGUGGUGGAUCAGAGCUGUGGGUCCCAUUGACUGCCAUUAUAUGACUGACAGACUGCAACGGUUUGAGUUAAAAAUCUUCGUUUGUGUUCUACUGAAGAAACAAAGUCACCUACAUCUUGGAUGCCAUUGGGGAGACUGUGAUUGAACCAGACGCCCUGUCAGCAGACAACAGUUGGGAUACAGAGGAAGAUGAUGAGGUUUAUUAUGCAGAUGAUUUUGAAUCAACUUCAGGAAAGCAAAAGAACCCCAGAACCUGCCCUGAACAGCGUGGUAAACUCAUUUUGAAUGUUACAAAUCCACCUACAGAGCCAUCUACAUCUCUAUCUACUUUUGGGUCCUACUAUGCUCUUCCACCCACAUGGCACUACCAAAUGGACGAUCCUGCUGAGGCUGGGCUACAAAUGGAAGAAUGUUAUGAUGUAAACGCCAACAUGGAUUCUGUUGCUUAUUCAGAAGAUGAGAACUCUGGACUGGGCUCUCCGUCUGCAGCAGGUGUCUUUAUGGCCAGUGAGGAUUUUAAAGGACAUCCAGACAUGUGCCAGGGGGAGGACAUGGCCCAGUGUUCAGAAGAGCUUGUGAUCACUAAAGUUGAGGACACUAAUGAAAUGACACUGGACCAGAAUGAGGAUUACAAUGGGAUGACAGAAGUGGAUGGAUCAGAAGAUUCAGAAACGCAGAGAGCCAAAGACAUAAAAAGCAGAACUAUGGAAUCGUCUGCUGAAAUGGCUGUUGACAAAGCUAAAGCAACCCAGCCCUCUGUCAUAAUGCCUUUGAAGAUCAAGGAUGAACCGAUGGAUGAGGAAUGGAAAAAAGCACCACAUUCCCCGAUGGAAUACAUUAAGGAUGAUGAGGAUUUUGACCAAGCACCGGAUGAUAUCAAGAUUCAAGCUUCAGUAGGCAUCCCAGAAAAGACACCACCAAUCCCAGCAAAAUCCAUUCAGCCUUUAAGAAGACAUGGUGUGUUGUGCACUGCCUGUAAUAAGGUCAUGCUGAAGGGACACACAGCAUUUCAGCGUAGUGGCUCUUCUAAACUCUACUGCUCGCCUCAAUGUCUCUGCAACGCUAAGAAGAAAACAUGUCACUGCUGCCUUAAAGAAAUUCAGGAUGAGAAUAUCAAAAUUACCCUGGUAGACAUGUCAGGGACUGUGAAGGAGUUCUGCAGUCAGAAAUGCCGCAGCGCUUUAAACUUCAAGUGCAGUGUGUGUGAGAAGACAGGAGUGACUCAUAGUCAUGAGGUGAAUUACAUGGGCUCCAUCCAUAAGCUGUGCAGCGACAGCUGCUUCAACCAGUUCCGCUCCUCCAAUAAGCUGAACAUGAACAGCUGUGUGAACUGUGGAGGAUAUUGCUAUGGCACAGACAGUCAGUGUCCGUCUCUACAGAUGGAGGACAGAGUUAUGAAGUUCUGCAGCCAAAACUGCCUCACAGCCUACAAAAAGAGGAGUCUGAAACUUGUCAUCUGCAAAAUGUGUCAUGCCCUGCGCCCAGCUGCAGAUGCGGUGGACAGUCCAAACUCCGAGGGCAUCAGGGAGCUUUUCUGCUCCACUUCCUGUGUCAUGAAAAAAGAAAGUCAUACAGGUUUGGAACGACUUGAGGGUGUUGCAGCAGAAUGCAGCAACUGCAAGCUGAAACUAGUGCCUCAGUACCACAUAUCCACGUUUAAAGGAUCCGUUCAGAACUUUUGCUCUUAUUCCUGUGUACUAGCAUAUCAGGAGUCCUUCAAUAAGACUAAACCUAACAUGUCAGUAAAUACAGUAACCUCUACAAGCAAAAACACAUCUACCCCGAACCCUGCUGCCCCCAAACCAGCUUCCUCAGAGUCCAGCUCAUCAGCGAAGACCAGUACUUCCAGUGGUCCAGUGCAGACAGUCACCAAGAUCCCCUGCUCUCAGUGUCUGAACUUCUUCUUCCACAGACCAGAGCUGCUGGAGUUUAGGAGGAAAAUGUACGCUUUCUGCAGUAACACUUGUGUUGAUGAGUUCAGAAGGAUCUACCGCAUAGAAGCUCGCUGUGAACACUGCAAGCUCGAUAAGAUUGUAAAAAUAGUGAGAAAGAUAAACAAGGUUGACCGUUCUUUCUGCAGUGAGAGAUGCAAGACGCUCUUUGAGCAUAGCCUGUUCAAACGCUGGGGAAAGAAACACUGUUGCAACUGCUUUUACUGUAACAGCACUUCUAAGACUGUAGUGACUGAUGUCUUUGAUGGGAAGCAAGAGGAGUUCUGUGGGAACGAUUGCUUGUUAAAACACAAUUUACUGAUCCGUCAGGAAAUAAAGUGCUCAAUGUGCAGGCAGGCCAAGAAGAUAACGGAGACUGUGAAAUGGCUGGGUGAGAUGAAGCAUUUCUGCAGCCUGCGGUGCCUGAUGUUCUUCUGCAGUCUGCAGGGCAUCACUGGAGUCGUUGCAAAUAAAUCUCUAGCCACACGAGGUGUGACCCCAGUAUCCUCUGCAGUUCCUCAAAGUACUAAACAGGGCACACCGGUCAUUGCCAAUGUCGUCUCGCUUUCGAGUGCAUCCAACGACCAGCCAGGUGUUUUGGGAAACACAGAUCCAAAAGGCUCUGUUCCUGUAAAAGUCACAGGAAAUGAGUGUGCUGUGAAAGCUCCUGUCUCUUCAUCCCAAACCCAGAAAGACAAGGACUUGCCAUAUAAAUCCAUAAGCAAAAACAAAGCCACGUCCUGUAAACCUCACACCUGUGAUGCUGAAGCACAAAUAGAUGGAACUCCUAAGGUGAUAGUGCUGCCUGUACCAGUACCAGUGUAUGUGCCAGUUCCUAUGCAUCUCUACACUCAAUACAUUCCACAGUCUGUGGGGCUUCCACUUCCGGUUCCGGUGCCCUUGUUCUUCCCUACAACCCUGGAUAAUGCCGAGCACAUUGUGAAGACCAUUCAGGAAAUCAAAGAGAAGAUCCCUGAUGACCCUCUGGAGGCCGACCUCAUCAUGAUGGCAGAGAUGGUGGCUGAGGAUGCAGAGAAGGAGAAACAAAUCAUCUCUAGUGAUCAGACUGGUAACAUAAUGGAGGACCUUGAUUUGGAAGAUCUAUCCAGCAAUCUGAGUUGGGGGGAGGACUCUGUGUCUUCUGCCCAGACAUGGGAUCAAACCCCUGAGCCUGAGAGGCCUCCUCCAUCCAGAUCUGCCACACUGACCCCCGUCUCCACCACCGUAGAAGAGCCUCAGAUGGACUUGGAGGCCGAUUUCCCAAUCGAGAGCAUUGAACGUUUUAGAAAGCAAAUGCAAAAGGAGGUCAAUUCUGGCAAACAGAGAUCACGCAAGAGAGGACACGAUGGCUUCCCUGAGAAAAAACAGGGCAGUAAGUGUGCAUCAGCACCUCCAAACAGCCUCUCCAAACUGCAACAUGAGUACGGAGUCAAAGCCUGGAAGAAGUGGGUGCGCUGGAGGAACACCCAACCCAACAUGGAGACUCUCAAAUUUGGCUCACGUAGUAUGACACUAAAGGAGGAUUUGUUGAAGUGCUGCACUGCUGAAAUAAGCUACGGCCUCUGCAAGUUCAUUUCUGAAGUUCGUCGACCCAACGGAGAGAAAUACAGCCCUGACAGCGUCUUUUAUCUCUGCUUGGGAAUCCAGCAGUACCUGUUUGAGAACAAUCGGAUGGAGAACAUCUUCGCAGACGUCUUCUACGCCAAAUUCUGCCAUGAAAUGAGCAACAUACUCAGAGGGUGGAAACCAACUAUUUUGCCCAGCGGUUAUGUUCAUUCUCGUGUGGAGGAGUAUCAUCUGUGGGACUGUAAGCAGCUGGGGGCGUUUUCACCCGGUGUGCUGCUCAACACACUGCUCUACUUCUUCACUAAGUACUUCAACUACAGGACAGUGGAGCAGCACCGCCGCCUCUCUUUUGGCCACAUCAAACGCUACUCUCGAGGACAAGCCAACAACAAAGUGUCUUUCCUCCGUUUCUAUCCCCCGAAAGAGGACGGAAGCACAGAUGGUGUCCCUGUAAAGAAGAAGAAGAAAGAAGGUGAACGGCAAAGGGUGCUAAAAAUACGGCAGAAUUCAGACAAUCCUCUUCGCUGUCCUGUCAGGCUUUACGAGUUCUAUCUCUCAAAAUGCUCGCCCGGCAUAAGACAAGACACAACCCAAUUUUACCUGAGCCCCGAGCGCUCCUGUGUCCCCAGCAGUCCCACGUGGUUCUCUACCACCUCUCUGAAUGAUGAGGUUCUGGAUAGCAUGCUCACACGUAUCCUUACUGUCAGAGAGCUGCACCUGGAGAGAGACAAAUCACCCAAUGAGACUGAUUCAGACAGUGACUCGGACUUCACACCGGUUUAGUACAAUACUGAGAAAACCUGAAUGCAUCCUCUGGGAUUUUGACUCUUGUUCUGAAUGCUGGAAAGCAAGUGGUUUAUCAUUUCGUUUCCAUUUUCAAUCUUCUUUUAGUUAUAAAGACGCACACAGUUACAGUGGGAUUAUUGUAAUUCGCCACCUUUGUAUUAUAUUUAAACACUAAAGACAUUGACAGCAUCAUUCCAAAAACAGAUUUUGUAAUUGUUUUUCAUUGCAAGCCAUGUUGGUUUAAAUAGAUGGAAUGUUCCUGAAAUUGACUCUUGAUGCCUUUUUUUAAUGG